GCCAUCUUACAUUUGGGAGGGAAUUAUCGAAAAUACAUGCUUCGUGUCUAGGAAACCUUUUUGCGGUCUUUCGCCAAGAGCAAUGAAGUCCAGCUACCGCGAAGCGCAAAGGCGUUAAGCAUAAAGAACUCAAUAUGGACAACUUGGAAGGUGUAUCAAGGCGAAAUUGAACAGAUUCGCCAAUUUUAUGGGGAGAUGCUCCAUGAAUUCAACAAGUCGUUUGGCACCACCACCACAGCCGAUGCGAUUGAAGAAGCUCCUGGUUCAAGGCACACUUCAGGCCUUCUUCGUUUUUCUGCUUGGCUCCUUCAGAGAGCAAUCUUAUAUGAGGGAAGGAGAUGGACACUUCUCUCUUUGGCAUCUCAUCAGAUUGGCUAUGUGCCUAUCCAUGGAACUGGCGUGUACCAUUUCCUACAUCAAGCAUGGACUUCCGGACAUAAUGUACCGGACAUCCUCAAAAGAAAAUAUGGGAAUGAAUCCAUGGAGCAUUUCAUUGAUCUAUUCAAAGAAACCUUAUGGGAAAAAUUUUUCGCGCUGGAUAAGCUCUGUCCAAACCGGCUGCGGGCGGCAGACGAGGGAACACCUUCUGACGAAAAACACACGUAGUUUUACUACAGCGUUGAAACCGACGGGGUGAUGAUAUCUGUUAAAUUCAUUAAACGUUGGGAUCGAGACAAAAGAGGAAUUCCAGUUGCUGCCACGGGAGCCUGAUAUGUCGUCAUAAACUCACGGCAUAUAUCAUUUGAGCAAAAAACCGACUGACUUAAGAGCUCCCUCAAGUGUUGGGACAGAAAGCG